AUGCUCUUCCUUGAAUUUCUGCUUGGCUGUCUGGCCCUGUUCAACUUCACCCUCGCAGCGGACAAUGGCCUUACGAAGGUCGUGUCGUGGGACAGCCACAGCUUGCUCAUCAAUGGAGAAAGGGUCAUUAUCAUGAGCGGAGAAUUCCAUUACCAGCGGCUUCCAGUGCCUGAGCUCUGGCUUGACGUGUUCCAGAAAUUCAAGGCCAAUGGCAUGAACGCCGUCAGCAUCUACUUUUUCUGGUCCUACCACUCCGCCUUCCGCGGAACCUACGACUUCACGACCCCAGGAAAAGAUAUCCAGCUCAUGCUGGACAUGGCCAAACAAGCAGGCCUCUACGUUAUCGCACGACCAGGCCCAUACUGCAACGCCGAAACCAGCGCUGGUGGUCUUGCAUUAUGGACUAGCAAUGGAAGCGGAGGGAAGCUUCGCACAUCAGACGAAACAUACCGGCAAGCCUGGUCAGAGUGGAUUUCAGAAGUUAGCGUGAUUCUCGAGAAGAAUCAAAUCACUAAGGGCGGCCCUGUUAUCAUGGUGCAGGUGGAGAACGAGCUGCAAGAGACCAAAUAUGUUGCUACCGACACGUUGGUAGUGUAUAUGGAACAAUUGAAGACCGCGUUCAGGGCUGCAGGCAUCAUUGUCCCAUUAUCCUCCAACGAAAAGGGCAUGCGAUCAAAGAGCUGGUCAACCGACUACAACAAUGUUGGAGGGACAGUCGAUGUAUAUGGUCUCGACAGCUAUCCAGGAGGUCUGAGCUGCACAAACCCAGACUCUGGCUUUAAUCUCCCGCGGACUUACUAUCAAUGGUUCCAAGAAGUUUCAUUCACGCAACCCGAAUCCAUUCCAGAAUUCGAAGGCGGUUGGUUCCAGCCCUGGGGAGGGUAUUUUUACGACCAAUGCCAAGCAGAGAAAAGUCCGGAGUUUGCUGAUGUGUACUACAAAGGCGUUAUUGGGCAACGCAUUACACUUUUGAAUCUAUACAUGGCGUUUGGCGGAACGAAUUGGGGGCACAGUGCUGCACCAGUCGUAUACACAUCCUACGACUAUGACGCUCCCCUCCGCGAAACUCGCGAAGUUUCCGACAAAUUUAAACAUUUCAAACUCAUAUCGCUCUGGACCCGCGUCAGCACCGGCCUUCAGAAAACCGUCAUGGAGAGCAAUGGAACGGGAAACGUCGUCAACACUUCCGCGAUCUGGACUUGGGUGUUGAGAAAUCCCGAUACAAAAGCUGGAUUCUACCUUGCAGAGAACAACAGCACUAAAUCCCGAGCAGUGACGAAUUUUGCAAUGACUGUUAAUACAUCGCUGGGUAAAAUCACAGUUUCGACGAUGCAAUUGAAUGGCCGUCAGAGCCGGUGGGUGGUAACGGAUUACUCAAUCGGAAACAUAACGCUGCUCUAUUCCUCAGCUGAGAUACUCACAUACGGCAUAUUCAGCCACCCAGUCGUAGUCUUCUACCUCAAAGAGGGCCAGGUUGGAGAAUUCGCCUUCCAUUCCUCAGACCAGAACAUCACUUUCCAGACGUACGGGCCAAACUCUAACGUCCAGGCUGCACCCAGCAGCAGCUCAGCCAAGUACACCCGAUUCACUUACACGCAACCCAAAGGCUCAACAAUUAUCCGCUUCUCCAACGGUGUCCUCGCGUAUCUCCUCGAUAUCCCCACCGCCUACACAUUCUUCGCUCCCUCCACUUCCUCAAAUCCAAACGUGCAGCCCGGGCAACAAAUCUUCGUUCUAGGGCCUUACCUAGUCCGCACCGCCAGCAUCUCCGGAACCACUGUUCACAUCAUCGGCGACAACGCAAACGCAACAAGCAUAGAGGUAUUCAGCGGCAAUCUAUCCAUCGAAACAAUAUCUUGGAACAACAAAAUCCUCUCCACAAAACGCACGCCCUAUGGCGCGCUCACGGCCUCCAUCCCAGGGACCUCUGAUCGCAAGAUAAAUCUCCCAUCUCUAACAGCCUUCAAAUCUGCAGACUCGCUCCCCGAAAUCUCCCCCGCAUAUAACGACAACACCUGGACCAUCGCCAACAAAACCACAACUCUCAGCCCCGUAAAACCACUCACUCUCCCCGUCCUCUUCAGCAGCGACUAUGCCUUCUACACCGGCGCCAAACUCUACCGAGCCUAUUUCUCUAAUCCCUCCGCCUCAUCCCUAAACAUAACAGUCCAAGGCGGGUUAGCCGCUGGCUGGAAUGCCUGGCUAAACGGGAAGCUAAUCGGGGCCCACCCAGGGAAUGCUUCACUCACUUCCACCACGGCCGUACUCUCAUUCCAUGACGUGUCAUUGAAAGGAUCCGGAAACGUGUUGACAGUAGUAACCGACUACACUGGCCACGACCAAACCUCGACCGGCCCUGCAGGCGGUGAGAACCCACGCGGAAUCCUUGGAGCUACACUUCUGUCUUCCACCAGCACGGCGCUCCAGUUUGAUAAAUGGAAGAUUCAGGGUAACGCUGGUGGCGAGAAGAAUAUCGAUCCCACGCGCGGGCCUAUGAACGAAGGGGGUUUGUACGGCGAGAGAUUGGGAUGGCAUUUACCUGGUUUUGAUAACAGUGCCUGGGAAGAAGGGAGUCCAUUAGAAGGACUCAAGGGGUCGGGGAUAAAGUGGUAUACGACGACGUUUGAGCUGGAUAUUGAUGAAGAUUUGGAUGUUCCGGUCGGAGUAGAGUUGGGCGCGCCAAAGGGCACGGUAGCCAGGGUUUUGCUGUUUGUGAAUGGCUACCAGUACGGUAAGUUCGUUCCGCAUAUUGGACCGCAGACGCGCUUCCCAAUCCCUCCCGGCAUCCUCAACACGCGCGGGAAAAAUACGCUGUCGUUAGCGUUGUGGGCGCAAACGGAUUCUGGUGUGAGACUGAGUACUCUGAGGUUGUUUGAGUAUGCGAGGUAUGAGAGCGGAUUUGGGUUUGGCAAGAUUGAUGGGAAAAGACUCCAGCCCGGGUGGGUGGAUAGAAGCCAGUAUGCUUGA